GAGGAAGGAACCCAGCAGUGGGCGGAGCAGCGGGUCGCGAAAGGCGGGAAAAGUUCUAGAACCUCAGCCCUGCCUCCCGCGGGUACAGCCCGCCGAGCUAUCCCUGGCGCCCCUCCCCGGCGGGCUUCCAGCCGAAGCUCCUAGGCCUAGGUUUCCUCCAAUAAGCACCGAUCAUGGAAGGGCGCUGGAUUCGAGUGCCGGAGGCCUGCGGAGGGGCAGGAAAGCGGAAGCGCACGCGCGCCUGCAGGUUCUCUGCAGUUUAACAAUUGUGAAGAAAGAUAGAAGGAAAAAUACCCCUUUAAACAAACAGACAGACAAAACCAACAGACGAGCAGCAACGAAACUUCCUGACUCUUCCCAGCUCUGAAGACACAACUCUUGAACCUUUGGGAAACUAGUGUUUUGGCUGAACUGUCGAUUCAUCUUUAAGCCACCAUGAGCCCUACAAAGCGCAGGUCACAGAAGAUCGCAUUUGAUGAAAAGCGUAAUAUGAAAAUUGAUCACUAUUUUCAUCAGGUCAAUAAAGAACAAGAGAGUCAUUCCAGUAUUUCUCCAAUGAAGAGGGGCUCUAAAAAAGGUCCAAAAGAUAUAACUAACAUCCAGGCACUAGGACCCAAAGACCAGACUGUGCCCCCCAACAAGACAAUUUACAUUACCUUGGCUGUAAACCCCAGGAAACACAAGCUCACACAUAGUGAAGAGAAGAGCUUCUAUGCGGCCCUCAACACUCUCAAGGCUGUCAAGGAGGAGAUAGAAACUCAGCAGGGCAAAGAAAUGCUGGCGGUUGGCAAAGAAGGAAUUGAAGGGUACAUAAAUCUUGGAAUGCCCCUCAGUUGUUUCCCCGAGAGCUGCCAUGUACAAAUCACAUUUGUCCGAAGUAGAAGUAAGCAGAAAGAAGGGAACCAGGUAUUUGGCCGGCAUGAAAAGGCAUCCGCUGACUGUGUCAAAUUUUAUAUUCACGCAAUCGGGAAGAGAAAGAAAAGGAUCGUCAAACGCAGGCAGCUUCACAAAGAAGGGUGCAAACUCUGCGUCUAUGCUUUCAGAGGAGAAACCAUCAAGGAUGCUCUGUGCAAGGAUGGCAGGUUUCUCUCCUUUCUGGAGAAAGAGGAUUGGAGGCUCAUCAGAAACCUGGACUCCAUUCUAGAAAGCACACAGACCGUGGACGACCUGGAAGGCAAGCUCUUUGAGGUUGAGGUAGAGAAAGGAAUGAGCUCCAGGGCAGUAGCCGCUCAAAAGUCGGAAUCAGAGAAAGGAAACACCAGUGUGCUGAGAGAAGAAAUUGUGGCUCAGUACCCCAGUUUGAAAAGAGAAAGCGAAAAAAUCAGAGAAAACUUCAAGAAAGAAAUGAAAAGUAAAAAGAGCAAAACCUCAUUAUUUAAAUUACUCAAAGUAAAGUUUGGGAAAAUGACGAGAAACUCCACCCCGAUCAGAGUGCACAACUUUCUUUCUCUUGUCGGUAACUCAGUGGGGUACCUGUCAUGGGACAACAAUGGAAAUAAGGGUUGUGCCACCUGCUAUGUUUUCAAAGAGUUGUUCAUUUUCACCUGUCGACACGUAGUAAGUGACUUCAUGGGGAAAGGAAUAGAGCCAAGUAAGUGGGCAGACGUGAUUGGUCAAUGCGCAAGGGUGACAUUUUGUUAUAACAGCUUCCCCGAGAAAGAUGAGAACUGCUUUUUCCUUGAACCGUGGUUUGAGAUAUCUGAUGCCACCCUUGAUUAUGCUGUUCUGAAACUGAAGGCAAACGGACAACAAGUACCUUUGGGACUCUAUAGUAGAAUUGCUCGUGCACCAUCUACUGGGUUGAUAUACAUCAUUGGCCAUCCAAAUGGAGAGGAAAAGUCUAGUGAUGCUUGUACAGUGAUCUCUCAGGGCCAGCGAAAAAAGAAAUAUGAGGAAUGUCUUCAGGCUGGAAAGGGAGAGGGUUGUAGUUAUGGGAUGCAAUACAUCCAUAUGUGCACUCGAAAAACCUUCGAGGAAAUAGCUCACAGCCCUGAUGUGAUUACCUAUGACACCUCUUUUUACUUUGGGGCUUCUGGCUCCCCAGUGCUUGAUUCAGAAGGUUCACUGGUGGCCAUGCAUACUGCUGGCUUCACUUGUGAUAACGAAAUUGGGUUAUCAUCUCAUGUCAUUGAAUUUGGCUCUACUCUGGAAUCCAUCCUCCUUGAUAUUAAGGAAAAACACAGACAGUGGUAUACAGAAGUAUGCGUAAGUCCGCAAGAUGUAGAAAUGGUGAGCGAUGAGGAUUGAGGAUGGUGAGAAUUAGUUUGUUUACUAGCUUUAAGUUUGUUUAAGCUUUAACCACUUUUCUAAGCACGUGAAGACUAAUCCUAACAGGUGGGCCAUUAUCCCUAUUUUAAAGUCAAGUAACAUGAACGACGAUGAGAUUAUGACACUAACUCUAGUGUAACUGCUGUGGGGUUUUCCUCCCCAUUUCUGUGUCUUCCUGUAAGUUCAGUUGCUUGAAGGAAGGACAUUCAAUUAUGAGUGUUCAUCUCAUUAUCCCCAGUGUCUGGAAGAGGCAAGUAAGUGCUUAGAAAACGUGUGGGUCCGUCAGUAGCACAACUUAGGGCUGCUGUUAAUCUUAAGUAAGGAACUAAAUGCUUGAUUGGAAAUAAUUUCAAACAAAAUCUUUAGAAUUUCCAAAAUCCUCGUAUUACUGAAACUAAGGAUAUUUGUGUUCUGAAACUCACAGGGUAAUAUCCACUCUUUUUAUAGGCUAUUAGGGCAAAGAGACUAUCUGAAAGAUCAUAUUACUUUAUUCGUAUGCCCUUAGUUUUUACCUAAUGACCUUUUUUGUUUUAGGAUCAUUUGUGUGUUGCAUUUAGUUGUUAUGUCUCCUAAGGCUCCUUCCUUGUGGCUGUGCAGGUUCUCGGGCUUUGACCAGUGACCUUGACAGUUAGUAAGAGUACUGGUCAGGUAUUUUUGUGGGAUGUCCUUCUAUUGGAAUUUGUCUGGUAAUUAGGCUGUGGUUGUGGGGUUUGGAGAAUAAAACCAGUGGGGCGAAGUACUUUUUCACUAUAUUGUAUCAAGGGUACAUAGUAUCCACCUGAGUUAUGAUUUGGUGUUGCCUUUGAUACCCUGGCCAAGAUAAUGUUUAUCAGGUUUCUCUACUGUAAAUUUACUCCUUUCCCUUCCUUUCUAUAAUGUACUUUUUGGAAGGAAGUUUUAUUCACAGCCCACACCUAAGGAGUGGGGCAUCCUUUGUCUCUUCCUUAUGUAGGGAACUCCUGGAGUCUC